CGAUAGUCCAUCGCACAAUAUAACGAACGCUAUUUACAGCCAAACGACCUAGUUGACGUAAAGCUACAGACAAGUGAACAACGUUAGCAUGACUACCAUCAUAGUGACGAACCCACAGGUCGGCCCCGACCCCAUGACGAUCACUUGUCCAUCCUGCCAUGCUACGGUACGCACGAAAGUGAAGCACGAAUCGACGACGUCGACUCACGCCUGCGCCCUACUGCUGUGGAUCGUAUGUUGGCCCUGCCUGUGCCUGCCGUACUGCUGCAAUUCGUGUCGAGACGCCAACCAUUACUGCCCAAGAUGCAACACGUUCAUCGGCUCGUACAAACAUUGAAGGACGUUCGUUGCAG